AUGAUUGAGAGAAGGCAGGUAGGUGAAUUAGAAGGCGAAGUCAAGCGGCUCAACGAGGUAAUAGAGCAAAUGAAGGAAGAGAAUGAUAAUCUGGUUUUGCAAACACAUCUCCUACAAAAAGAGAAUGAUGACAUCAAGAAAGAAAACAGAAGCUUGGAAACAAUUAAUCAUGUCAUACAAGAGGAUAACAUUUCUAAUAGCGGCAUUCCACAAAUAGAUUUUCAACUCUAUAGAAAAGAGUUUUCAAAAACGUUGCAACUUCAAGAAGAGAACCGUAACUUGAGCAGUAAAAAUUGGCAGCUCGGACGUGGGAAAAGUCAGAUGGACAAUGUUAAUCGGCGUCUACGACAAGAGAAAAGUCAAAUGGAAAACCAAAUUCAGCAACAACAACAAGAGAAAAGUCAGAUGGAGAACGAAAAGCAGCAACUACGGCAAGAGAAAAGUCUGAUGGAGAACAAAAUUCAGCAACUACGAAAAGAGAAAAGUCAGAUGGGAAACGAAGUUCAGCAACUACAACAAGAGAAAAGUCAAAUGGAGAACGAAAAGAAGCAACUACGGCAAGAGAAAAGUCAGAUGGGGAACAAAAUUCAGCAACUACGACAAGAGAAAAGUCAGAUGGGAAACGAAGUUCAGCAACUACAACAAGAGAAAAGUCAGAUGGGGAACGAAGUUCAGCAACUACAACAAGAGAAAAGUCAGAUGGGGAACGAAAUUCAGCAACUACGACAAGAAAAAAGUCAAAUGGCGAACGAAAAUCAGCAACUACGACAAGAGAAAAGUCAAGAGAUAGAAAAUGAGAUUCAACAGCUUCGACAAAAAGACAUUAUAGAAAGUGGAUCAGUAGUGCUUUCCAAAGAAGAAGUAGGAAGAGGUGCUUAUGGCGCUGUUUACAAAGGAGACUUUAAUGGGACUGAGGUAGCAGUUAAAGGAUUUCACAAAAUAAUUUUGUCUUCACAUAACUUGCAAAUUCUGGAACGCGAAAUUACUAUCGCAUCGCAAUGUCGCCAUCCGAACUUGCUACAGUUUAUAUGUACGACAAGUAAUCGUGAAAAUCAUCUGUUAAUUGUAACAGAACUUAUGGAUAUGAGUUUGUAUAGAUUGGUUGAGCAACGUAAAGAAGAAAAAUUGCGAUUGGAAUAUCAGGAAGUUAAAUCAAUUUCCAUGGAUGUUGCACGUGGCUUGAACUACCUUCAUUCAAAAAAGCCAAACCCAAUUAUCCAUCGUGAUGUUAGCAGUGCCAACGUAUUGUUAUGGAUUGAAAAUGGCGCAGUAAGAAGAGCGAAAAUAUCCGAUUAUGGUGCAGCAAAUUUCAUGGAAGCGUGCAAGACCGCAAAUCCUGGAGCAGCACUUUACGCUGCACCUGAAGCCAGUUUUACUAAACAUGAUCCAAAGGUAAUUAUAUAAAAUUAUGUAACAAUUUUCUUCUUUUAUUUGAUUUUGAAAGAAGCUUCUUUAAUUUAACAGGGAAUUUUAGAUGAUUGCUUCCUGUAGUUUGAGUCCAAUUGCUCAGACGGUUCAGUGGCUAUCCUGUAUAUGUAUUUUAAAAUUCCUCGCUAGCCCAAAUAUACGUAGCUACAUAUACGACAAACUGAUGAACUUAUUUCAACCUGGCCAUGUUCAAAACCAAACGUGUUCGUAUGGCACAUAUUGGUAACUUUAUUAAUUCAACAUUAUAACUUACGUUCCAAGAAUACACAAUCAUGCAUGCGGUCAAAUUUAUCCAUUUCCCGCUUUACAGAGAGCUAUAUCUAAUGGGCUAUAUGGGUGAAAGGUGAUCACCUCGUGAAAAUAUUUAUAGGCCUACAGUUGAACCAUAAAACAUGCAUUAUUUUCAUACUUGGUAUCAGUCCUACUUUUUCGAGUUCCUCAUUCCCUAAAGUUUGCCGUUGAAAAAACCCCGAAUUCACCAAAGCUCAAAAAUGACCAAAACAGGGAUCUUCUAGGACUUGUAACAAUGUGUUUUAAGGCAUGUGUCUAUAAAGCGAAGUAAUAUACCUAGCGCGAUUUGCUUAUAAAUAAAUUUAGAACACGGUUUUGUUUUUUGGUGUUUCUAAAAUAUUCUUGGUAUCAUUUCUACAGAUCGAUGUCUUUAGCUAUGGCAUACUGGUAUGUGUGAUGUCCAUCUGUGAACAACCUGAAUCCAGUGAAGUUGGAAGAAGGAAUCAAAUAUAUAGAAAUCCAAAUGCCAAUAUUAAAAAUUUGGUUAUCGCUUGUACCAGAAUAAAGUCCAGCACAAGGCCAACAAUGCAAGAU